AUGUGCUUAAUUUUAGAUUCGGAGUUAUUUGCUCUCCGAACUCAUCCUUUUCAACCUCUUUUAACUGUCGGUACUUUGAACGGCCGUAUUUCAAGUUAUCAUUUUAAUCUUAAUGAAAAAACGUAUGAUCAAGUAUGGCAUACGUAUAGACAUCGAAUCGCCUGUCGGGAUUUAAGAUAUUCAAUGAAUGGAGAAGAAAUUAUAUCAGUAGGAGCAGAUGGUAUGAUUAAAUAUGCCAAGAGUGACACAGGAAGAGUGAUUUGGAAAGUAAAGAACGCUCAUAUGAAUGCGAUUAAUGUAGUAUGUUAUUUGUCUGAAAUGAGUUUUGUUACAGGAGAUGAUUAUGGAUUGAUUAAAUUAUGGGAUAAGAGAUCAAAAGAAUGUAUUAAAGAAGUUAAUGCUCAUAAGGAUUAUAUUUCAUCUUUUUUGAGAUUAGAUGAGAUGGUUUUAUUAUCAACUAGUGGGGAUGCAUUUUUUUCUAUAUUGGAUUUUCGUAUUGUUAAAUGUUUACCAGUUUUUUCAUAUGAUUUUGGAGAAGAUCUUUUAUCAUCAUGUCUAGUUAAAUCCGAAACGAUUAAACCAAAGAUAUGUAUAGGAACUGCAUCAGGAAUGAUAAAAAUAUUUAAUAAAGGUGAAUGGGAUAAUCAUACGAGUCAAAUUUUGUUAUCUAAAAAGAAACAUAUGUUAAGCGUUGAUAUUAUGAUGGCAUGGAAUGAUGAUAUUAUUGUUGCAAGUGGUAAUGACGGUGUUAUAAGAGUUUUAAACAUUCAUCCUAAUAUACCUUUGGGAAUUCUUGGAUAUCAAGAUUCGAGUAUAGACGUAUUGGCUAAAACAUAUGACAACGAUUGGAUAUUAAGCGGUGGAGAUAAAAAAAUAAUUGCAUGGAAAGCAAAUUGGAACGAUAAUUUCAAAAAACAUAAUAAAUUUAAUCAAGAUACAUCAGAUCAAGCGCGUAAAAAGAAAUUAAUGUUAGAUAAGGAUAUGUCUUUUUUUAAAGAUUUAACAUAA